UGCAGGAGAGGGGAUUGGGCCGUAUAAGCUUCUGUUGCGUGAGUCAUGUGUUGCUUGUGCAAUUAUUCUAACGGGAACAGCAAGGCAAAGCAAUAAAGGAGAAGAUGUGCAUCUCUGCAAAAGUCCAAACCUUUCCUUUCUCCCUCUUCUCUCAUUCCAUCUUCAAGCUCUCAUUCUGCACUGUCAUGUGCUGUGGAGAACGGAGGGGGAGACAGCAUCCCUGAGCUUCUGCUGGCCAACGGUCGCCGGAGCUUCUUCCUCCGGAGAUGAGAUGACCAAUAUUUCCAUUGCCAUCGAGGAUCUAGGAUAUAGUAAGAAAAACUCUUGGUUUACCCGCCUCUUUCUUUGUCCCAAUCCUUACAUUGCACGCUACAUAUAUGCGUUCAUCUUCUUCAUCACAAGUCUCCUUGCAUGGACUGUUAGAGAUUAUGGCCAUACAGUGCUCUCAGAGCUUCACAGAUUGAAAGGAUGCCAUGGAGCAAGCUACUGCUUAGGAACAGAGGGUGUGCUUCGUAUCAGUUUUGGCUGUUUUAUGUACUUCUCUGUUCUUUUUGUUACAACUGUGGGCACAAAGAAGAUUUGGGAUGCAAGAAAUUCAUGGCACUGUGAGUGGUGGUUAGCUAAAAUGCUCAUGUGGAUGCUAUUCAUGCUUGUUCCCUUUUUCAUGCCAUCAGAAUUUUUCUUCAUUUAUGGAAAGCUAGCGCAUGUCGGUGCAGGGACCUUCCUUGUUAUUCAACUCAUUAGUGUAAUAAGCUUCAUCAAUUGGUUGAAUGAUUGUUUCCACUCUGAGAAAUAUGCAGAGAGAUGCCAUAUCCAAGUAAUGAUUAUCUCAAUUGUUGCAUAUGUUGCAUCCAUUGUGGGAUGUAUCAUGAUGUAUGUAUGGUACGCAUCGAAGCUAUCCUGCAGGCUCAACAUCUUAUUCAUCACUCUUACCCUUUUGCUCUUACAAAUUAUGACUUUUGUCUCAAUGCACCCUAAGGUUAGAGCAGGUUACCUAUCACCAGGCCUGAUGGGAGCUUAUAUUGUCUUUCUUUGUUGGUGUGGAAUUCGAAGUGAACCUCAAACAGAGAUUUGCAACCAGAAAGUGGAACUAGGAAAUGGUUCAGAUUGGCUCACCAUUGUGAGUUUGGUAAUUGCAAUACUUGUCAUUGUUGUUGCAACCUUUUCAACGGGAAUGAAUUCUAAAUGUCUUCAGUUUGUAAAGAUUGAAAGGAAUUCUGAGGACGAGGUGCCUUAUGGAUAUGGAUUUUUCCAUUUUGUCUUUGCCAUUGGUUCCAUGUACUUUGGGAUGCUAUUUAUUGGCUGGAAUGUGCAUAAAACCAUGCAGAAAUGGACAAUAGAUGUUGGCUGGGCCAGUACUUGGGUUAGAGUUGUCAAUGAAUGGCUAGCAGCAAUUGUCUUUGUAUGGAUGAAGCUUGCACCGCUAGUCAGGAAAAAGAGAACAGAAACAACAUGAAAAUGUUCUGAACAUAAACAAUACGACUCUGUGUCACCCUACCAUUUGUUAGGCGUUCAAAGAAAACAAUCAAACUACUCCAGAUUUAUGAUGACCUCGCUGCAGAGAGAAGCUGAAGAAUUGGAGUCCGUCCACGGUGGAAAAACUGAACCGGAUCUCAAUGCUGGGCUGCUUGAAACACUGUAAAAUCUGAAUUCAAUGGAUAUAAUUUAUUAGAUGAAAUUGUUUGCACAUAUUGAAUCUUCUGUUAGUCCCCCAAAACACAUUAUUAGAUUUUUAUUGGAAAUAAUAUAGUGAUGCAAAAAGAUCUCAGAAGCACUGUUGCAGAUAAUGUAAGACUUUUCAACUGAGCUGUGGUACAGAAAAACUUGAGAGUAAUGGGAUAAGACAACACCAUUAUUUAACAUACCAUCAAAACAUAGAAUCAAAUUUUAAUUGAUAUAUAUAUAUAGAGAGAUGCAGUUUGAAGAUAAAUCCUCUUGUAUCCAUCAUCGCACAGAUUUAUUCACUAGAAAGCUAAAUACAAAACUGGAUAACAUUUAGGAACAAAAGAUAAAAUACAGAUACAGUGAAAGGACAACUAUAAAAUCCUCAUCUCCCCAAUAUACUUGUAAGAUAAUCUGUGAAGCUCCAGAAGAAAACUAUUAAAUAGUAUGAGAAAAGAGCUCCAGAACUAAGCUCAAAAAAGAGAGCUGAAAGGAGCAUUGAAAACUCCAUAAAGUACAAGAAAUUUGCCAAGGAAACCAAUUUCAAACUAACUGCAAUUGAAACACAAAUAUAGCUCAGAAUUAAAAAAAAAAGAAAAAAAUCCACUGUAACAAUACGCUUGCCAAGACAACUGGUCAUAAGUAUAUGAAAACCUCAAAAUCCAAAUCCAAAUUUGAGUACACUUCUCCAAUUCAUAGCCAUAGUAGGCUUCCAACUCUGAAUCCAAAUCCGAGAAAACUUCUCUAAGCUCAUUAUUCAUAAUAAUAAAACACUUAAAUAGUAAAAAAAGCUCCAAUGAAAAAUCCCACACCAGUACUUAGCCAAAAUUUCAGAGAAAAAAGAUAGAGGAAAUACUUUAAAAAAAAAAUUUUGAGUGAUCAUAAGCAGGGAGGACCAGAAAUUGGUCGAGUCCAGGAGCAUAAAAAAGUUCAUCAUAGCUGUCCAAAGCAUCUUUAAAACAAAGAUGAAUGCAAGCUUGCAGUAUCUGAAUCUUAUCAUAGAAAAUAUAGGAGCAAAAAUAAAACAUGCAUGUAUCAUGGAAUAGAGGGAAGGAAUCCAAAGUUAGAUAAAUCAGGCCAAGAAGAAGAACCAUUAUAUCCGAACAGCCAGAACAAUAUGUCAGAACAACAGAAUAAUAAAACCAACAUAAUCAGAAGCAACCAAAUGAGGAGACAACCAAGAGA